CUCAUCACGGCGUUCUGUUGCGUCCGGUUACAAGCGUGCUCAAGUACCGGUACAAGCGAGGACCCAGUGUCAUUUGUUGCGGUAGUGCACUUCCGGACAAAAGAUCAGUAUUGUUUUUACUUCUAGCAAGGUCACUUUUAGCUGUCGACGAAGACUUCACCAAUCGGGCUAUAACUUGGCAACAUGCUGCGGAUGUCAUCGGACAACCUUCCUCCGGGGAGCGACCCCAGCUUUCUGCUGGACAGUCGCCACACCAAAGAAUCUGGCCUCUCACCUGUGGUGGUUCACCGCAACCUAUCUCCACCACAGCUUUAUGAGCUGGCUCUUGCCUUCGAGCCCGGCACCUUCCUCACCUCCACCGGCGCGCUGGCUACGCAGUCGGGCGCCAAGAUGGGUCGCAGCCCCAAGGACAAGCGCAUCGUUCGCGACCCCGACACCGAGCGCGAGCUGUGGUGGGGUCCCUACUCGCCCAACUACGUGAUGGACGACCGCACCUUCCUCACCAACCGCGAGCGCGCAGUGGACUACCUCAACACGCAGCAGCGGGUGUUCGUGGUGGACGCGUUCGCCAACUGGGAGCCCGCCAGCCGGCUCAAGGUGCGGGUGGUGUGCAGCAGGGCCUACCACGCGCUCUUCAUGACCAACAUGCUCAUAAGGCCCAGCGAGCAGGAGCUGGCGGAGUUCGGGGAGCCGGACUUUGUGAUCUACAACGCGGGUGCCUUCCCCGCCAACAAGUACACCAACUACAUGACCAGCCAGACGUCCAUCGACCUGAGUCUGAAGCACCGCGAGAUGGUCAUCCUGGGGACCAUGUACGCGGGGGAGAUGAAGAAGGGAGUGUUCACGCUGAUGCACUACCUGAUGCCCAUGCAGAGCAAGCUGUCGCUGCACUCGGGGUGCAACGUGGGGGCGGCGGGAGACGUCACGCUGUUCUUCGGGCUCAGCGGAACCGGCAAGACCACUCUGUCGGCGGACCCGCACCGCCCGCUGAUAGGCGACGACGAGCACGUGUGGGGCGACAACGGCGUGUUCAACAUCGAGGGCGGCUGCUACGCCAAGUGCAUCGGACUGCGCCCCGAAACCGAGCCCGAGAUCUGGGACGCCAUCCGCUUCGGCACGGUGCUUGAGAACGUGGACCUGGACCCCUGCUCGCGUCAGGUGGACUUCUCCUCGCAGCGGCUCACGGAGAACACGCGCGCCGCCUACCCCAUCACCCACAUGCGCGGCGCGCACCUGCCCUGCACCGCCGGCCACCCGCGCAACGUGGUGCUGCUGGCGUGCGACGCGUUCGGCGUGCUGCCGCCCGUGAGCCGCCUCAGCCCGGAGCAGGCCAUGUACCACUUCAUCAGCGGCUACACGGCCAAGGUGGCGGGCACGGAGGUGGGCGUCACGGAGCCGGUGGCGACCUUCAGCGCAUGCUUCGGGUCCGCAUUCCUCAUGAUGCACCCAUACAAAUACGCCAUGAUGCUGGCUGACAAGAUGGCUCAGCACGGCACCACCGCCUGGCUCGUCAACACAGGCUGGACGGGCGGAAAGUACGGCGUGGGCCGGCGCAUCCCGCUGCGCACCACCCGCGCCAUCAUCGACGCCAUCCACAGCGGCGAGCUGGACUCCGUGCCCUUCGAGCCCACGCCGGUGUUCGGGCUGCAGGCGCCCACCCGCGUGGCGGGGGUGGCGCCCGAGCUGCUGCGCCCGGAGGCCACCUGGGCCGACCCGCAGCAGUUCGCGGCCACACUCAACCGGCUGGGACACAUGUUCGUGCGCAACUUCGAACACUUCAGCGACGGCGAUGCCUUUGUGGGCGGCAUGUUGGCUUCCCGCAUCCGGGGUGGCGGCCCCUGUCCGGUGCCGGAGGAGGAGGUGGAGCAGCUAGGCAUGCGGGCGCUGCGGACGGCUGCCCCGGCUGCCCCUGCUGACGGCCCGGCGGCUCCUGCUAACGGCCCCGCGGCACCUACCCGAGGAGGUUGAGGAGCUGCAGCAGCAGUAGUAGCAGCAGGGGCCCUGACAGGGGGCCGGAAGGGAUGCGAGGCAGUAGCAGAGGCAGCAGCAGAGGACUGGUCGCCAGCUGAAGAGUGGCUGGGUGGUAGAUGGGUAAAAAGGUAACAGCUAACUGACCGUGCGUGUGGGUGGGCUGCAGGAUGUCUGUUUGCAGGAGGCGGGAGGCUUGAGAGGUCUUCUGCGCGGAAGUGGGAAUGUUGUUGGAAUGGUGUUGCGGUGGCGCGUUGCUGCCUUGGUGACGGGCGUGACGGGGUGUGAUGUGACGAAACGGGAUGUGGUGUCGGCUGUCAGGUACCGGUAGGAUGUGGAUUGUGAAGAAAGUAUGGUUACCAAUGUUUGCUGGCAUGCAUCUCAUCAGGCGGCCUGCUUAUUGUAGUGACAGGUAAUAAUCAGUUGUAGAGUUGCAGGCUUGCUGGCUAGUAGUAAUGACCUUCGUUAUAAGCUUCCCCUCUGCAGUGAAGAGUGGAGAAGAUAGCAUGCAUGCAAGGAGCGGAUGGCAGCAGCACCCGACACAUGUACAUAGGUAGCAUCGUUUCGCUAUGGUUGCUCGCUUUUGCCGAAAUGUCUUUCAGCUGUGCGCAUUGUUAAGCGCUGGCUCGAGCUCCCUUCUAACCGUGCGUUCAGAUACCCGCUUCUCUGUUCCCCAAGCGGGGAAGUGUUAGUGCUGCUGGCAUUGUUCGUGCUUCGCUGUUUGCUCGGAGGUUCGUUGCAAAGUUUGAGUUGUUGCAGUUUUGCGGGUGUUCCUCAUGAUUCGUUCUCGUCGUUUUCAUGUACAAAGUAGCUGGAGGAUGGGCGAUGUAUUUAGGUUGGCUGUGGCUGUUUCCAGCAAAGUAGGUUUUCGCAGAGCCCACCCUGGUGGUUUUCAUGGAAAAGUGGAGUGUAUGGCCGCAGUGCCGAGUUUCCACUUUAGCUGCUCGCGGGGGUUGAUUCAAACGGCAGCCAUGCCAUGUUAAGAGACGUGCUCUGCAUGCUGCCAACUCAUUCUACGGCAGGUUAUAAAGCGUGCUAGCGCAGUGUGGAAAGUUGUAGUUUUGGUUUGUCUCGAAGGUUUAUCGAUUUGUGCUACCAGUAUUUCAUGUAUACCGUUAGGUGCAGUCAGAGUUAUUUAAGCAAGAGAGGGCUGUUGUGGUUCAGCUUGUAAGGUUUG